AAUAACAUUACGUAAGCAUCGAACAAUGAAUCAUCGAUAAGGUUUUUUUAUAAAACCCAUUCCGAAAAACGAUAAGAGCUUAUUCAAAACUCAGUUCAUAGUUAUUCAAUCAUAGUUAUACAUCAAAAUAAAGACAACAGUUCGUUUUUACACUACUUCUAUAACGACUACCAAUGACAUGUCUUCUUCUCCAUCUUCUUCGAGAGAUGGUAACCCACUAUUCAACCUUCAAAAGGCGUUGGACAAAUGUGUGUCUGACUGGGAUAAAGCUAAGGCAGAUAGAGAUAAAGCUGAAGCAGACCUUGCGCUUGUUUCACCCACACGGCCGAAGGAUGCUAAUCCAAUUUUAAAUACUGUUACCACCGACGACAUGCAUUCUUCUUCGUUUUCUUCGAAACAUGGUAAAUCAUUAUUCAACCUUCAAAAGGCGAUGGACAAAACUGUGUCUGAUUGGGAUAGGGCUAAGGCAGCUACAGUAAAAUUUCCGACUGCGUUUGUUACACCCACACGGCAAAAGAAUGCUAAGCCAAUGUAUCCUAAACCACCAAGUCGCCAAAACUAGGGCCUAUAUUAUUUUAAAUUACAUUAUUAUACUUUUUAUAUUAUAUUAUAUUAUUAUAUUAUUUUUUCAUUUUCAUUUGUAGACCGUAUGCUGCCGUUUGGUGCAAAA